CAACUUCAGGUCAGUGUUUGACUCUUUCCCCUGGUGUGACAAUCCUCACAGUUCCUCCUCAUGAUACCAGCCAAUGACAAGCAAGUGCUCUUGUAUCUUCUACAUGUAGCCUAAUGUUUAAGCCAAAUGCUGGACGGUUUUUGUUUCGGCUCUGGAUUUUAUACACACUUAAUGAGUUGUUCUUAAAACUGCGCAGUGUGAAUGAGAAUGACAAAAAUCGAAACCGAAAGAAACCAACUGAUACCAUCGCUGCAAAUAUGCUCUUCAUUGCCAUCCCGUUUCUUCUUGUAGCUUCAUCAUCGGCUUUUCCUACGGUCAUGUGUUUUGUUGUUAGAUACUGUAAUCCAGUUCGAGCGCAGGGUGUUGGUGAACGGGACGAUCGUGGAGAGGAUCCUUGUCAGCUAUAAGGAACAGUUCGACAACAAGCAACCUCUUGUCAGACCCAUUCAAGAUAAAUUCCUGAAAACGAUGGUGGAGAAUGAUCAUCAUCCAGCAAGUUAUGGCAUAUAUACACGUUUGAGGGAAUGCAAGAUGCAAGGCUAUCAGGUCCUGCAGCUUUACGACCGGUUUCAGCUCAAUGGCCGAGAUUGUCUGACUUUAGAUCCUGAAACUGAUACGUGGACCGUGGUGAUGCCAGAGGCGCUGCAUCUAAAGCAGUUAUGGACGCUUCAGGGCGAGCACACAAGUCUAGAGAAAACUGACCUGAAAGAAGAAUGUAAAGAUUUCAUCAAGCAGAUGGAUGACAUCCAGAAUCAAGAGGGACAUGUUGGUGUGUUAAGAGUGAUGAUUCCAGUUCUAGCCAUUUCUCUCUUCAUUGGAUUCAUCUUCAUUAGCCUCCUCAUCUCCAAACGACACAGUCAACAGCCAGGAGGUGUUUUAGGUUCAUUAAUCCACUAUUCAGCCCACCAAUUUGAUGUACCAUUGGACAAAGAAAGCUAUGGAACAUCUCCCAAGUUCCCAUACUGAAGAGGGAUUGUUAGCAAACACCUACCUAACCUCCCUGGCCACACUCUUUCUCUUGAUUGUAAAAGGAGGCUGAUUUGUAAGUUCAGUAGGUUACUUUUGAUCCAACACUGUAUAUCCAGUAUGGAAAUGUUAUUGCACGAAAUGAUCUUGAAAGCUAGCUAUUACUAUUAUCGUGAUAAUAUUGUAUGCACAAAUUGUUAAGGUUUUUGGACUGAGUAAACAAUGGGUCUCAUUCACUAAGCAUGCGUACACACAAAUUUGAGCGUGGAGUGCGUACGAACGAUUUUAAGAACAAAUCACGAUUCACCCAAAAAUUUAGUGAUAAAAUGUAUUCUAAAUGUAUGGGAAAAAUAGGAUCAAAAGAGAUAAAAAGUGCUUAUUUUGAGAAAUGGUGAGAAUGGCACACUUGCCAUUGCUUGAGGAUCGGGCGAGAGAGCGCGUCUGCAAACACAGUUUGACGAAAGAGUGAGAAAAGGCUGUAAGGAAAGCGUUUGUGGAACCUUAUAUGGAGAUGGUUUGGGCGUGUUUAUGCAAAUGACUAACCUUGUGCAUACUACCACUCAUUUAGAAUACUCCGAAUUCACUAACAUGAUAACGAUUUUAAGAACAAAUUCAUGUGCGUAUACGAUUUAGGCAGAGAUUUUUUGUGACAAGGGUACAAAUACAAAAUAACCCACGCAAUUUUUAGUAAAUGAGACUUAAGGCCAGAUUUACUAAACGGGGCAAAUUAGCACAGAUGGGAGUGGAUGCUGCCGGAUAAUUUCCAGAAUGAUCAACACAAUCUACCAAGAGCAGCACAAAUUAGCGUCUGGUUUAAAACAUGCUUCUUUUGGAGCAGUAAUUAAUUAGUGGUGUAAAUACCAGUAAAUGAUUCAUUUAAAUACUCUCCUCUCAUAAAUUUAGCAAAAAUAACUGUGUCUACACCUUUUCAGCGCAAAAAUUUUCCAUUGCGUUUUUUAGCACCAAAUGAGGGUUUGUGCUGGCGCAAGCUGUUAGUAUAUCUGGCCCCCAAUGUCUUAUGGUUAUUUUUAAUGUAGUUAGUUAGUUAAAUGCAGCUAAUUGAUAUGCUGCCCUUUACUACACAACAAAAAACUAAUUCAAUGUCUAUAAUGCAGCUGGCAUUACAGACAAUUAUUUUGUUUUUGUUGACAUUUUACAUAGAAAAUGUUUUAUUUGUUUCAAAUGUUGUGCUUAUUACAUUUUUCCUCAUUGUGUAAAACUGCUGAUAUACCAAAAUAUUUUGUUGUAUCUGACACUAGAUGUAAUUUUAUUCUAAAUACAUGCAAAAAGACUAAAACAAGUAAA